UUUGACAUUGACUUCAGCAAACAUUAUGACAAAUAGAUCAAUCGCGCCAGCAUUUUCAAUUCAACAGCUGAUCGAAAAUGACAUUGACAGUUAAUUUUCAUUAUGGAAAAUAUAUUUUUGUAAAUAAAUCAUAAUUUUCUUAUAACUAUUGUGAAAGUUUUGCAGUCACCGUUCAAGAAAACCAUAGAAACCGCACUCAAAAAUUAUAUUAACUUCAAAACCAUGAGCACGACAAGGUUGUCAGUCUUGCAAACAUUCAAGAAACUUCACAGAACAAGGAUGAAGGUAUUCGCUGGGGAUGACAGAGCACUAACUGCUGGAAGAUUAAAAAUAAAUGAAGAGUUCCAGAAAAACAAACAUGUUACCAAUGAGGAUGCUAUUAAAGCUAUGGUCAAACUAGCUGAGGAUGUCGAAAAGGAACUUCGAACUCAAGUUAUACAAGCUCGAGAAGUGAAGCCUGGUGUCUUUGUGGCUAAAAUAACUGAAGACACUGCAAAGUUUGAAAAUAUCCCCUAUGAUGAUAACGCAGUAUUAGAAGAUGGAACAGUUGCUGGGAACAGGCCAUGUUGUCAAGAUAAAGCUAAAAAUAACUAAAGAUUCUAAUAGACGUUGGUAAUGACGCACUGGA